AUGCUUCGUGAUUUCAUAACUACAAAAUAUAAUAUAAAUAAAAGUCAAAUAGCAGCGACAACAACAUCACAGUUACGUGAUAAUCGUCGUUGUCGUUCCAAUAUGACCGUAGGAACACUAGCAUUAUCCCCGUCAAAAUUUUUAACACCAUCAUUAUCAAUUAACGGUACCUUAUCUCGUCAAUUCAACGUUGAUGUAACUGGUUCACAUUCUCGUAAGGUAUUCACGGAAAAGACGGAAAAAACUGAUCCAUUCAUUGAUUCAUUUCAACGGCAUUUACAACUAAACAUUUUACAGCAAAUGCCAUCGUGUAUAAAAGCGUUGACUAGUCUAUGCCAAAUAUUAGACGAUUGUUCUCUAUCAGCAAUGAAAAUGGAUCAGAUAAGAACAAUAUCGAUUGACAGUAUACUAUGGAGAGAUUUCAAAGGAACAUUAUCAAAACCAAUUCCAAUUGCACUUGAUCAAAAUAAACAAUUGAAUAAUAAUCGUCCAUUAGUUCGUGAAUUAACUAAAGAAUUUUUAGAAAUAUCUCAGCAAAUUUUAGCUAUAUAUAAACCAACCGGAUUAAAUGAUGCAAUUGAUGAUCAACAAACAUAUGUUUAUAGAGAAACACAAUCAAUGAUACAAACAUGUUAUGGUCUCCUCGAAUUAUUAAACGAUUAUCGUGGUAAACGACAAGAUGCAUUCAAAUUUUUGUGUCGAAAUCCUCAAUUGGAAGAUACAUCAUUAGCAUUAGCAUCUGUUGAUGAAUAUCAAUUUCAUAUAUUAAGAUUAAUAGCCAUUUAUUUACGACAAUUUUAUUUAAAAUUAUUGACAAUGAUAACGACAAGUAUUGAACAAAGACAAACAGAAAUGAAGCAGGAAGAUUGUGUUCUAUCUUAA